GUUGUGAAUGGCAAACAGCUUGUUCGAAUUUCACAUGUAGCUUUCAAUUUGUUUAUUUGCAUUUUGCGGCCGAAAUGAGCGCAACAAGUGACAAAAGGGUUGUAAUAAACAAACGUUUAAAAUGUCUGCCCCGAGAGGCGCUGGAAAAACUGAGCCAAACGGAGCUUAUUGACAAGGUUGUCCAACUGGAGGCCUACAACUUUCAGUUGCGGAAUCUGCUACAGAAAAAGUUAACUGAACAGGACAAAAACGAUGAGGAAUAUUCUGUAUUAUUUGAAAAAGAUGCGGAAGAGAGAAUCUCUAAGGAGACAAAGAUAUCCAGCAAGAUGCAGAAACAACGAAAGUUCGAUUGGAGCAGUGUCCACAGGCGACAUGUUUUGCUGAAGAUUACCUACUUUGGUUGGGAUUAUCAGGGGUUUGCCUGCCAGGAGGACUCCAAUGAUACCAUCGAAUCCAACUUGUUCCGUGCUCUCAGUCGCACUUGCCUCAUCGAAUCCCGUGCCAGCUCCAAUUAUCACCGCUGUGGACGCACCGACAAGGAGGUGAGUGCCUUCUGCCAGGUGAUCUCCAUCGAUCUGCGCAGCAAGCACUCACCCAAAACUCAACUGAAUCCCGAUGCUCUGUUAUCCGAGAUCGACUAUUGUGGACUCUUGAAUCGAGUGCUGCCCAAGAACAUUCAGUGUGUGGCCUGGAUGCCACUCCGUAGUCCUGUUUACAGCGCUCGUUUUGACUGCAUUUCGCGUAGCUAUCGUUACUAUUUCCCCAAGGGCGAUCUAGACAUUUCUGCCAUGCAGGAAGCCUGCAAUCUCCUAGUGCGCCACGCGGACUUUAGGAAUUUCUGCAAAAUGGAUGUGCACAACGGAGUGACCAACUAUAUGAGAAAUUUGCAAUCAGCAAGGGUGCAAGCUUGUGAGGAGAGGCUACCAAAUACAGGCUACGACAUGUACUACUUGGAGAUCCAAGCCAAUGCUUUCCUCUGGCACCAGAUUCGUUGCAUCAUGGCAGUGCUCUUACUUGUUGGUCAGGGGAAGGAGAAACCAAGCGUUAUAAGCGACCUGCUUGAUGUGGACUGCAAUCCCUGCAAGCCUCAGUACACACCAGCCAUUGGUCUGCCCUUGAACCUUUUCCGUUGUGAUUUCCGAGACAAGACCACCAGAAGUGUAAGCCAUCCUGCUGGCGCGGAUGCAAAUGAAGAGGCCAUGGAUACAGCCCCGGAGGAAACCGAAGGCUCGAAUGCUUCUGAUCACCAAGAAGAACGCGAUCUUACAAACUGGAUUUACAGUGAGGAAAAUUUACAAAAGCUUAUUGAAAACACUCAAUGCGAGUGGACGCAGUUUAGUGUGAAAAGCACCAUGAUAAAAAAUGUGCUUGAGCAACUGGAAAGCUUACUAGAGGAGAAUUUUAAGCCCAAAGAGAAGGUGCUGGCCCAAGUGAUCCUGCUGCAGGAUUCAGUCAAACCGCGUCAAUAUCAGCCUCUCUUGGAACGCAAACGUUGUGAGAGCUUGGAGAAUCGGAUAGAACAUUUUGUAAAGAAACAACGACUUAUUGUCAAGAAUGAAACGACAACGGGGGAUUAGCUGUAAUAAACUUUCAAGAAAACAAAUCUUA